GGCUGCAGUGGUGGGGAUGUCGCACUACUGCGAGUGUCCUCUGCGGCUGGAGAAGAGCUUCAUCUUGGAUGGCGUGGCGGUGAGCUCUGUGGCCCGCACCCAUGAGCGCCUGAGGCCCAAGCUCUGGUCGGCGAUUCCGCCCUACAACGCCCAGCAGGACUACCACGCCCACCGCUACUUCCAGAGCCGCGUGGUUCCGCCCAUUCUGCGGAAAACCCAACAGGAUCAUGGCGGCACGGGAAGAGACGGCUGGAUAGUGGAUUAUUUCCACAUCUUUGGGGAAGGACAGAGAUAUCUGAACAGGAGGAACUGGGCUGGGGCAGGGCAUUCCCUCCAGCAGGUGACCGGCCAUGACCACUACAAUGCUGAACUGAAAACGAUCAAGGGGUUCAACGGUCGGUUUGGCUAUCGCCGGAACACGCCAGCCCUCCGCCAGCACCCGUCUGUCUUUGGAGAGGUCACCCCAUUCCCUCUCUUCUAACAGCAUCUCUUCCGUUCCCACCCCUUGACCUGAAUAGAAGACAGAUGUUUA